UUGUGCGACGAUGAUUGACCAUUAACGCCAUUAGUCCAUAAUCCAUCAAAUCCGUCAAAUCCACUGAUCAUAUAAUCCACAUUACAAACAAAUUCCAAGAUGGCUGAAAAUUGUGAUAAAGAGAAAGGAACUACGCUUUCAUAUACUACAUUCAUUUUGACGAAGCUAGUUGAAUUUUGGGAUGUAUAUAUAGGGGCACCAUUUUACCACAUCUUGUUUGAAGUAAUUUUGGUGAUUCUUGUACUGCGUCUUUUCCAAGCCAAGAAAUAUCGAGUUAGAGAAAGUGAAAUACAACUAACAGAAAAGGAAGAAGAAGAACUUAUUAAAGAAUGGAAACCCGAACCUCUUGUUCCCGAAAAUGCCAAGCAUUAUUCAUAUGUUCUUAAUCCUAAUGUCAUCAAGGGGAAACCUGGUCAUAAAAUUAUUGUUAAUGGUAGAUCAUGUCUCAACUUGGCUACUUUCAAUUUUCUUGGUUUUGUUGGUGACAAGGAUAUUGAGGAUGCAAGCAUAAGAUCACUUCGAAAAUAUGGUGUUGGAUCUUGUGGCCCUAGAGGAUUUUAUGGAACUAUUGAUGUUCAUCUUGAAUUUGAGAAGAAAGUUGCAGAAUUUAUGAAUACUGAAGAUGCUAUCAUGUAUGCCUAUGGUUUUUCCACUGUUGCUAGUGCAAUACCUGCCUAUUCCAAGCGAGGAGAUGUCAUAUUCUGCGAUGACGGCGUGUGUUUUGCCAUUCAGAAAGGUGUAACAGCAUCUCGCAGCAAGGUGUACUGGUUCAAACACAAUGACAUGGACGAUCUUGAACGUUGCCUAAAGGAACAAGAACAAAAAGAUAAAAAGAAUGCGAAGAAGGCCAGUGUGACAAGACGAUUUCUUGUGGUGGAAGGACUGUACACGAACUACGGCGAUCUAGCUCCGCUACCUAAGUUGAUUGAACUUAAGUAUAAGUAUAAAGUUCGAAUACUGAUGGACGAAAGUCAGUCAUUUGGUGUCCUGGGAGCCACAGGUCGCGGUGUUACAGAACAUUUUGAUGUUGACAGAGAUGAUAUCGAUCUAAUCAGUGCAUCUAUGGAGGGAUCACUUGCAACAAUAGGAGGAUUUUGUUGCGGUUCAUCGUUCGUUGUCGAUCAUCAGCGUCUGUCUGGGGCUGGAUAUUGUUCGGCGUCUCUGCCUCCUCUACUGGCAUCUGCCGGCACGGAAGCUUUGAAUGUUAUGAAUAAAAAUCCAGAAAUGUUCGAGACUUUGCGAGACAAUGCCUUGCUAUUUCAUGAAAAGUUGAAAGGUGUCAAGGGAAUGAAAAUUGUUGGUAAUGAACUUUCUCCAAUUAUACAUUUGCGUCUCGAAACAUCUUUUGGGUCCAUUGAGGAAGAUGAAGAAAUACUGGAAAAGAUAGUCGCUGAGGUAAUGAAGAAAGACAUCGUUAUUGCUGUGGCACGAUAUCUCAAAAAUGAUGAAGCUUUCUUGCCUCCCCCAAGCAUUCGUAUCACCGUGAAUUGCAAGUUGAGUGAAAAUGAGAUCGUGGAAUCCGCCAGAACGAUUCGUGACAUUAUUGAGAAGAUUUUGGAUUGACUGAUGAAGAAAUCUUUUAUUUAAAAUUUAUUCUUUUCAUUUAAAGCAUACAUAGCUAGCAUAUAUAUAAUCGAAAAUAGCCAUCGCCUACACAAGAUGAAAAUUUUCAAAAACAGUUCAAUUUAAUUUAGGGUAUCCAUCGAUUCACUAAUCACCUUUGAUGGGUUAACUUUGGUCCCGCGCAUGUAUUUUCGUAUGAACGUAUUUAAAAUUAUCAACAUAACUGAAUGAGGGAAAUACUUAAAUACACUUUUGAUAUAUA